CUGCACGCAGGCAGGAGCACAGAUCCAUAUUGCGCUUUUAAACGCGAUAUAUUUAUAAAAUCAUCUCUCGUUAUGGAGAACUGCUGGCGGUAACCGGAGCGGGACCAAGCACAACACGAGCAGAACCAUAUGUAGAAACUAAAAGCGCUUAUUUUUUAUUUUUCAAUUCUAUAAAAAAGGAAAAAUGUCGAGUGCGGAUCUGGAUGUAUCGCUGGGGUUUUGCCGUGUUAUCCGCUGAUUGUGUUUGGAAACAGAGAUUCACGCGAGCCAAACACACUGAAGAGUUUGAUGGAGUUUCUCUGAACAGACUGCUAUUUGUAUUUUUUAUUUUAUUUAUUUUAUUUUUUUUUUUAAAUAAGUGAUAUAAAGUGCAGGAUGUUUGACUGUAUGGAUGUGUUAUCGGGACACAUGCUGGAGUUUUAUUCGUCCAGUCGCUCUUCAUGUAUGUUACAGGAGAAAGCGCUCAGCGCGUGCUUCAACUGGCAACACCGACGCUCCAAACACUCCAUUGAGACUCAAAGCACCAGUUCUGAGGAGUUGGUCCCCAGCCCUCCCUCUCCUCUACCCCCUCCCCGCAUCUACAAACCCUGCUUCGUCUGCCAGGACAAGUCCUCAGGGUACCACUAUGGUGUCAGUGCCUGUGAAGGCUGCAAGGGUUUUUUCCGCAGAAGUAUCCAGAAGAACAUGGUGUACACAUGCCACAGAGAGAAGAACUGCAUUAUCAACAAGGUGACGCGGAACCGCUGUCAAUACUGCCGACUACAGAAGUGCUUCGCUGUGGGAAUGUCCAAAGAGUCUGUCCGGAACGACAGGAAUAAGAAGAAGGAGAUUCCAAAGCAGGAGAUGGCUGAGAGUUAUGAACUGACAGCAGAACAGGAGACCAUCAUUGAGAAAAUCCGGAAAGCUCAUCAAGAGACUUUUCCUUCACUCUGCCAGCUGGGCAAGUACACCACGAACUCCAGUGCGGAUCACCGCGUUCGUUUGGAUCUGGGUCUGUGGGAUAAGUUCAGUGAACUGGCCACUAAGUGCAUUAUUAAAAUCGUGGAGUUUGCCAAACGAGUUCCUGGUUUCACUGGACUCACCAUGGCCGAUCAGAUCACACUGCUCAAAGCCGCCUGCCUCGACAUAUUGAUCCUGCGUAUCUGCACACGUUACACCCCUGACCAGGACACGAUGACAUUCUCAGACGGUCUUACACUUAACCGCACACAGAUGCACAAUGCCGGCUUUGGUCCGCUCACGGAUCUAGUUUUCACCUUCGCCAACCAACUCCUGCCCAUCGAGAUGGACGAUACGGAGACAGGACUGCUGUCUGCCAUCUGCCUCAUCUCUGGAGAUCGUCAGGAUCUGGAAGAGCCCUCAAAAGUGGACCAGUUGCAGGAGCCCCUGUUAGAGGCGCUGAAGAUCUACGUGAGGAAGCGGCGACCCAGUAAACCACACAUGUUCCCCAAAACCCUCAUGAAAAUCACAGACCUGCGCAGCAUCAGUGCUAAAGGUGCCGAGCGUGUAAUCUCUUUGAAGAUGGAGAUCCCUGGAUCCAUGCCGCCUCUGAUCCAGGAGAUGCUGGAGAACUCUGAGGGUCAGGACGGGCAGAACUCCACAGAGCGGGGCAGCUCGGAUAAGACCAUAUACGGUUCCACAGAGCCCAAACCCUCGGCCCCCUCCCCGGAGCACACAGAUGAUUCUGUGUCUGGUUCCUCCAGUGAGAAACCCUAGACUGGGCGGAACCUAAGACUGUCAGAUGUUCCUUUGCACAGUGCAGGUGAACUGGAGGUGGACUUCUCUAGCGUGUUUGAUAUCUGCUUGAUUUCUUUCACCCCGUUUCCUGCUUUAAGGACAGAUAUUGGCCUAAAAGACCAGCCGGUGUAUAAUAAAAAAACAUGAUUGAAGAAUCACUUAUACUGGCAUCAACACCUGUGACACAUGCGAAACUCCUCAGGUCUCCUGUAUGGAUGUCUUCAUUUGCAUUAUAAGCUCUAACUUUAUUAGAGUAAAUCUCACCAAAACAUGUCCAGGUUAAAUUUAAUGCCAAAAUUGAAAGAAAAAAUAAGACAUUAUGUUGUAUAAAGAAAAUUAAACCUAUUUAUUUAACCUAUCAUUAUUUUCACUAAAGAUAGCUCUCAUUUUCUUUCAACAAAAUAUAGUUUCUCUUUUUUUCUUUAGAAUUUUGGGAUAAUAAAUGACCUGAACAGGUUUUCAUGAGAUUCACUCAUUAAGUGAUUUUCUCUCUCUUAUUAAAGCUAAUGCUUACAUUGUACAUAUCAUGAUACAUUUGGUGGUGCUUUUUACAUCAUCUUUAAUAUGAUUGUUUGAUGCAAUUCAUCAAGUCUAAAA